AUGGUACCGAUUCUUCCUGUUCCAGUGGUGGUGCCUUCACCGACCCGUCAUAUACCACCUCCUUCAACUACGCAUGGCAGUCCACCUUUGGUUGUGCUUCCAACUGGCAUUCCCCGCCGUGGAAUGGUCUUGAACAAUACCGCUCCUACCCACCAUCCGCAGUCGCCUAAUGGGAUUCAUUCCGUUCCUCCUUCUCACCAUUCGCUAUGGAACACACAUCCACCCCCGGCUGGAACCAUGUUUGUGCCCCAUCUAAGCAAUUCAAACAAUCAUCCCCAAACACAGUUUUGGAUGCACCCGCCACCUGCUGUAUAUACAUUUGAUCCGCCAUCUGAAAACGGCUUCAUCUGGUCGAGCGCUCAACGACCGGAAAUGACCAUUCCUCCUCCACCGUUACCGUCAGCUCGUGCGGGAGAUCAGCUAGUCGACACUGAACAGCUCAUGAUGAAGCGAAAUGAAAUCAUCAAUCGCCUUGCUCCGCUUACAUUGCUAGAUGAAGAUGACUUUGAAGAUGGUGGUGUUGGGCAUGUAUCAUACACAGUUGCCUCUUCAGUGCUUGAUGAGAGAGGUGAACUACAUCCGGUAGCUCUAGUUAUGGGCCCACCGGCACUUGAACUUCCUCCACUUCCGGCUGCUAAUUUGUCGACAGUACCAUUACCAACGACUGCUUCUGAGGGGACCAUAGCUGUGAUUGGUGAUAUUGCUCUCGCAACCGGAUCCCGACCACGUGCUUCAAGCAUUCCUUUGGUGCAGUUCACCAGUGUCGUAACUGCUUGUCCUACAACCCUUUUUUCGACUGAAAGCACGCCAUCAGCCACUGUUCAAGCAGAUUGUACAACUAUGCAGCUCAAGGAUACGCUAAACCAACCACUUCCGACGCCCACAAUCCAGAGAAGUCAGGUGGUAGCACCAAUGCAUAUGUGUGCUGUGCCAGUAACGUUUGAUGCUGGAGUAGCAGGCGAGCGAAUUGGGACCGUUAUUCGUCCUGUUACAAUUGCUCACCCACAAGAUAUGGUAUCCAACAGUUUAGACAAGAUAGUAGACGUGAAGGAGAGGUUGAAUGAAGCAGAAGGGGCUUCAUCAACGGCUGUCAACCAGCAGCUACUUGUUGAGCUGCGAAUUGCUGAACGCGAGAUGGAUCUUCUUGAUCCUCGCACACAGGCUUCAUGUUUACUUCGUGAACUACGGCAGGUCGAUAAACAGAUUGAACAAAUUGAAGCAGCACGACCCAUUGAAAACUGUUAA